AAAUUAUGUAUGAUAACCUUUGUCUAUUUUUUUCCCGAACAAAUGUGAGAAAAAUGUGAAAGAGUGUCUAGUUGCAACACAGGGCCCACCCUAUAAGUUAAUAAUGACGACAAAACCAUAUGCUAUGAAGGGCUAAGAACUUUGUAAUUUCGAGAUCGCCAGGCGUUAGUCCAACUUUGAGUCUUUCAGGUAAAUGUGAAUGUAGGAGUAUGUGGAAGUUCAGCCAACUUUCCCGCAAAAAAUUAGAAACAUAUUCAUGUCUUAGUCGAACCGCCCGUGUAAACCGCUCUGCCGUGAACAAGAAUUGCUUGUUGGAGAACAAGUCUGUGUAUGGCUUUGAUGUUGUUGUUAGCCCGAAACGGAAGUCAACCAAGUGGACAGUGAAUAUCGAACGUACGACUCUCAAAGACCUCAAAGAUUACAUACGUGAAUUGUACACACCACCAGCGCUUGAAAAUGAUGGAGCAGAACCAAACUUUAUGAGUGAUGAGAUAGAUAUUCACAUAGGAACGAUUCUUCAUUCCAAGAGAUGUUGCAGUUGUUCGUGUCAAUUAAAUUUACUGUAUUUAUUGAGACGCCAUCAAAUCCAUUCAGCGACCUUCCCAAAAGUGUGCGAACUCUAUGGGCUUAGCGAUGACCCGAGUCCAAGUAUCGAUGUGUACCCCGUUUUUUAUGUGGUUGCGUAGAAUUAAAAGAUGAAAUAUCUCGAACCGCGGUUAAGAACCUAAUGACCGAAUUGAAACUUCGUCAAAGAUUAC